UCCACCAGUUAAACUCACACUUUUGUUCACUGGCUUCACUUGGUAACUUGCCAAAUUUCAGUUGGCCCAAAUUAGCGUUUUUCCCGAAAUUAGCCGUAUAAAAAAUUCAAUAUGUCAUGGACGAGUGGCCUGUACAAGUCCCUGCUCCUGCGGAGCCAGCAAUCGCUGGUGCGUCCGGAUCUCGCCCUCCUGGACCUGCAAAUAUCCAAGCGGACCAUUGAGACGAUGAUCGCUUACCAACGGGAUUCCAAUUGCAGUUCCAGUCUUUCACGCACCGCCGACAUCGUUGCCAGGAAGUGCGACGAGCUCUACAAUGCCAACGAAUUCGAGAAUGCCCUAACCACGCUCUAUACGGACGGACGUCCCUUCAGCGGACAGUUCGCCCACGGGCGCUUCGAGAUGAUUAAGCAGCGGAGCCUCGCCGUUUUCGAAGACACCUUGGGCGAAUCGCUGCGUCCCUUCAUGCAGCAGCACAGCGGUGUCCUGGAGCAAAUCAGCCGCCGGCAAAAGGAGCUGGCCGCCCACGUGGCCCGCCCACUCUGGAAGACGCUGCGCGACCGGCGGCAGUGCGACGUCCAGAGUGUCCUGGUCAAGGAGCGGCCGCAGUUGACCUGCCUGGAAAAGGCGCGUCGGCGGGCGAGUGAGAGCCUGUACAACUACAACUACUUGGGUCGCAGCGCCGUCGAUGUGGCGCUGCUGCGUCAACUGCGCAGCGACCGCAACUUCCUCAAUCCCCUCCGGCUGAUCACCACGCCCCCCCUGCGCCAGCUGGCCGAGGAGCGGUUCACGAUUGUGCGCCGCUUUAUGAAAAUGCUUCAAGCGCGGAAUCCGAUGUACAACCGGCGGUACGUGCGCCAGCGGCACGGCCGGAUUGCGGGGGACGGGGGGGAGCGGCGCCGGUGGCAGGAGAGGCACCUGUUCCACGCGCAAUACCAGACGCGACGCGACUGCAUGCGGAUGCUGCACGAGGUGCACCGGCGGCGGCGCGAGGGCGAUGUGGAGAAGCUGUCCGACUACGUGGAGGACAUCAUGUCGGGAUUCAUAGAGUAUAAGACGCAGCGCACGCUGCCCUGGAAGUGGGAGUUCAUCAACGACGUCUACAAUACCCUGGCACUGGCCCACUGCGACAAGUGCACGGUGCCCGCCCAUGUGGACUUUCUGCAGGCCCAGAAUCGACCCAUUCUGUAUCUGCUGCGGACGGAGAAGCUGCGCGACAUGAGCGUACGGUUCGGGGGAGCCAACAUCUAUGUGGAGAUCGAGAAGGAGGAUGAGCGGCACAGCCGAAUGAACCAGAAGCGGGAGCAACUGGAGAACCGCCUGCGUCACUCCCGCUUUCCCAUCGAACGAUCCUACUUGUUUUUCGAGAUCGCGCGCUGCCACUUCAAGGAGUCGCGAUUCGACAAGUGCCUCGUGGUGGCCCGCAAGGCCUUCAACGAGGCGCGCAGCUGCAACUGUCUGAUCUGGCGGUUCAACAGCAUCUUCCUGGGCUGCCAGGUGCACGCCGUGCUCAAUCGCUUCGAGCGGCUGAAGGAGUCGCUGGCGCGGGCGAGCCAGCUGGCCAGCGAGCUGCAGGCGCCCAAACUGGUGGCCUAUAUAGCCAUCUGCAUCAACGUGAACAACUACGAUCUGGCAUUCCAGCGGAUGCGGCAGUCGGAUGUGGCCAGGCGAAAGUCCCGCCGACGAAGUCCCAUCAGCACAAUGACAUCGAACAGUUCGCAGGGAUCGCAAAGUAGCACAUAGCGUAGUUAUUUUAUUCACUAAACUAGUUGCUCUUGGCUCUCCAUUUCACUUUAACCCGGUGGAAUUUAAAGCUAAGAGCAACAAGUUGCAGGUAACUUAGGAACAAGUUUUUACCAUUACCGAAUCUU